UUCCCACAGUGAGGAGGAAGCUCGCCUCGGAACGGACGGAGAUGAAGUGGCUGCGCUUUUCGCUCCUCGUCCUCGGGGUUUUCUCGUUGUGCUGCGCCUCGACCGGUGACAGCGGCAACGCGGUGAAGAAGAUGAAGAUGCAGUUCGCCACGGGACCUCUGCUCAAGUUUCAGAUCUGCAUUUCCUGAGGGUACAAGCGGGUGUUUGAGGAGUACACGCAGGCCCUGUACCAGCGGUACCCAGACAUCCGCAUUGAAGGGGAGAACUAUCUUCCUAUUCCCGUCUAUCGACACGUUGCUUCCUUCCUGUCUAUGUUCAAACUCCUGGUGAUCGGGAUGAUUAUUAUCGGCAGGGAUCCUUUUGCCCUCUUUGGUAUGCAAGCUCCAGGCAUCUGGGAGUGGGGCCAGGGAAACAAGAUAUAUGCCUGCAUGAUGGUGUUCUUCCUCAGCAAUAUGAUCGAGAACCAGUUGAUGUCAACAGGAGCGUUUGAAAUCACAUUAAAUGAUGUGCCCGUGUGGUCGAAGCUGGAGUCGGGUCACCUGCCCUCCAUGCAGCAGCUGGUGCAAAUCCUGGACAACGAGAUGAAGAUGAACGUUCACAUGAACACAAGGCCACACCACCACUCUUAACCCUUCUGUUCAAUUCCUGGCUGGAGCUUAAAGCCCCUCCAUGUUGGAGGUGGGUUUCUCACCGGGCUGUGAAGUGAUGUUUAUGAAGGUCUGCGCUGAAGGCAGGAGGACUGCCGGCACAGACUGGAUGCGCCCAUCACUCUUCACCCCGCCCCUUGGAGAUGCCCCGCCCCUGACGCCAGAGCGGGACCGUGGCAGCCAGUGCUGGCCAUCCUCAAGUCAUUUUCUUAUCCUACUCGUACUACUGCAGAUUACAUCCAGGUGGUAAUAGUGCUCCCAUAAUGAGAUUUAAUGUUGAUUCUCGUAGUCUUUAACUUGUUGCAGAUAAAUGAUCUAUGUGGAUUUCGAAAGAAAAAAAAAAAGUCAUUUUUACCACUGAGCCAUAUGUAGACUUUUGUUUUUGUUAAUCGGUCAAACUGUAGUUACCCAUUUAGAACAGGCAACACCUAAAAAAAAAAAUCUGUCUUUGCUGUUGUGGAAAUAAUGUUGGGAAAUUGUGUAUUGGUAUGAUUUCUGAAUGAUUUUUAUAUUUACAUACCUUGGAGAAAGCUUAGAAGAUUAAUAAAGUUAAUGUAACUAUUUAACAGUGAAGCUGUGUUGGAGGUUUAAUCAUAAAGCAAGUGUGACAUACUUAGAUUUAGAUGGGGAACGAUCAAUUUCACCCCCUAUGUUUAUUUUAGUGUUUUUUUCGUGCACUUUUUAUAUCCCUCACAGUAUGUACAGUGAGAAAUGGAGAAUCAUUACAUUGACUCCAUUUGUAACAGGAGCUUCUCGGCACCGUUGGGAAAAAAAACACACAAAUAAAGCAAACACUCUGUCCCAAACCUGCAACCAUAAAAGCAAUAAAUGUGGACGUCCUCACUAAAGGUUCAAAUGAAAAAAAAAAAAAAAAAAAAUCAUAUUUUAGAUGAAACCAGUUUGUUCAUUAGU